GCUCCACUUCAUUGUUUAAAAAACAACAAAAAUCAAAAGCAGUCCAGUAUCAUUGCACUUUCUUUUUUUUCUUUUUUGAAGAAAGAAAUAAAAAUUCGCAGUCAUUAUGACCAAAAAAAAAAAAAGAAGAAAAGCUGGUAGCCAAACUCAAUUCUGCUACGAACAUAAAUCCGCUAAAGAAAGAUUCCCAAAUAGAUUGACCGAAUUUUAUAAAUUCAUUCAUUCAUUCAUUAUUACAUUUACAAUUUCAACGGUGUUAAGACUCCGCACUACAAUUGGUGCUGGAAAAAAAAAAAAGAAAAGAAAAAAAGCAACGAACACCUUUCCGAUUUGUAUAAACCGCCAAAUGUGAAUAAAAAGCUUAUAAUUACUGACGAGGAUUUAAUUCCCCCACCACCACUUCCGCCGCCGGAAACUCUUCCGUUUUCCUCCGUCUCCUUCUGCUUCACCGGUCCGAAUCCUCCAAUUUUCACGAGUUUAUGUGUAAUUAAUUUGGAGUAUUUUGAGAUUGAAGGCUACUCAGUCCUUUGUUUGCCAUGCUGUGUUUUUUACGAGCUCCGGAUUUUGUUCGAUGCUAGCUACUCCGAGUUGAAGAAGCUCCUUCCUCGAGGAAAGAAAAAAAAAACAGGCAUAAGCUUCUUCAACUUAAGUCAUGUCCGAUUGUCGAGGAUUCUCUGCUUACAAUGCCUCUUCGGCAGUGGCUUGUCAUUUUGAGCCUUCAAAAAUCCCGCUUCAGGUUUUAAGGUUCCAACAGCUUACUACAAACCUUCAACUUAGUGCAGGACGCAAUGUUGUUCUGAGAUCGAGAAAAUGGGUGCUAGAGGCCGUAAUUCCCAAUGGGGAAGGAACUUUGAGAUCAGAUGGUAGAGAUGCUGAGCAUGAUCACAACGGAGAUGAAAGGCGAUGUUGUUCUUUUGAAGCUCAGGAGGUGGAUUAUAGAAGUGCAGAAAACAAAAAGUUUCUUACCCAGAGAAAACAUCCGAAGCUGGAAAUUGCUCUUGCAGCUAUAGCUACUGUGAUUCUGGGCGUGGGAAACAGAGUACUUUAUAAGCUUGCUUUAGUCCCUCUCAAGCACUAUCCUUUCUUUUUAGCUCAAUUUGCAACUUUUGGUUAUGUUCUCGUCUACUUUUCUAUCUUGUACCUCCGAUAUCGUGCUGGGAAGGUAACUAAUGAAAUGCUUGCCUUGCCUAAAAUGCCAUAUCUUGCUGUUGGUUUACUGGAGGCUCUUGGUGCUGCAAGUGGAAUGGCAGCUGGAGCCAUUCUUUCUGGUGCGGCAAUUCCUAUAUUAUCCCAGAGCUUUCUUGUCUGGCAACUCCUGUUGUCAUUUAUUUUCCUUGGCAGAAGAUAUAGUUUCAACCAAUUAUUUGGGUGCUUUCUUGUUGCUGUUGGUGUGAUAAUAACUGUAGCAAGUGGAUCAAGUGCUGGUUCCUUGAUGGAAGCUGGUAUAUUUUGGAGUGUUUUGAUGAUAGUUUCUUUUCUGUUUCAAGCUGCUGAUACAGUAUUGAAGGAAAUGAUAUUUUUGGAUGCUGAGCAGAAGUUGAAGGGGACAUCGGUGGAUCUAUUUGUUGUAAACUCCUUUGGAUCUGCUUUUCAGGCCGUUUUUAUUUGCCUCCUCCUUCCUUUCUUGUCAAAGUUAUGGGGUAUUUCUUUUAAUCAACUACCAAAUUACCUCAAAGAUGGCGCAGCUUGCUUUCUGAACAUUGGCACUUUGUCAGGUGGUUGCGCUGGUGCGCCACUGCUGCCCUUAUUGUUUGUUAUAGUCAACAUGGGUUUUAAUAUAUCUUUAUUGCAUCUACUGAAGAUCUCAUCAGCUGUUGUAUCUUGUUUGGCCUCCACUGUUUCAGUUCCCAUAUCUGUGCUUCUAUUCACACUUCCGUUGCCAUAUCUUGAUGUUGCGGCAACCCUCCCUCCUGGCUUUAUAGCUGGUGCAGCUACCCUUGUUGUGGGCAUGUUUAUUUAUUGCCUAGAUGCCGUCUUCCCAUCUCCCAAACGACAGUCUCCUGGCUUUAUAGCAGAUGCCAGUGCUGCUUAG